AUGGAGCAGCCGCAGCCAAUCAGGAUCAGGGCGUGGUUCACAGAGAAGAGCCAUCACCAAUCAGAAGAGAGAGACCGACUGGAGACAGCUGUGGAGGAGGCCAUCGAGACCGUGGCGUCUUUGCUCUCCGUUAACAGAGUGCCAGGACCUUUGCUACUGAAGCGAGACUUCAACAAAUAUUGCAAGUUCCUUUGGAGAAACUCGAGUUCUCUGAACUACAACAGGUGUGGGAGAGUUAAUAAGACCUACAGAAAUGAAACCUGCCUUGAUGUGACUAUCCCAGAUGAGCACCUGGAGGGCUGUGUGGUCUACCCAGAGCCAGACUCGACCCAUGGGACUGUGGUGAGGCCUGAAGGAGCUGGUCUCCCUGAUGCAGACUUCCUCCUGUACCUCCAUGUGCGAGCUACUGACAAGUGCAGAGCAGAGCCAAAUGUACAGGCAUAUGCAGUCCAUUGUCAGACUGAUGUCGAUGGUCGUCCAUUGGCUGGAGUUGUAGUUAUUUGCAGAGAAAGUCUUGCUGGAUUUACUUACAGCCAUCACGCAACUGUCCAGACCCUGAUCCACGAGAUGUUUCAUGCUCUUGGCUUCUCAAAGACACUGUUUAGUUCUUGGAGAGACUGCUCCACCUCCGCUCGUUGUUCGCUUCGAGCCAAAAUGAUUCGUCCUGAUACUUCAGGUCAGAUGAGGAUUUACACUCAAUCUGUGACCUCAGCCCUUCAACAGCACCUGAAGAGCACGGAUAUGAACGUAGGAGGGCCUUUGGAAAAUAAGGAUGCAGGUCCGACUGGGGUCUCUUCACACUGGGAGUUCCGUCUGAUGCAGGGGUCCAUCAUGGCCGCGGUGCUCGAUGAUCCGCUCACCGUCCGGAUCGACCUCCUGACCCUCGCCGCGCUGCAGGACACUGGCUGGUACACGGCAAACCUGGAGCGGGCACAGCAGCUGGUUUGGGGAGAAGGUUUGGAAAUGACACCAUUUAACAUAGGUGUUUGGAUGUGA